AUGACAAAGUGUCUACCACUUUUGAAUCCUGUAGUAACUCUUGGAGAUUCUUACUGUCUACCGUCGGCAUAUAACAACCAAAAGACCAUGACAGCAGCAGCAGCACCACCACCACCACCAGCGGCAGCAAACAAGACAACUUUGGCAGUCAUCAACGAUGACGAAGAGACCAACCUCAAGGAAGCUCUUUUGGACAAACCUUCAUCCGAAGAAUCAUCCUCCACGCUGGCUCCUGGACAAGUAAAAGAAAUUGGUGACUUUGCUCAUUGGGGUCCUUGCAAGAAAUCCAUUUUCCUCAUCGUCAUCAUGUGUAUGAAUUGUGUCACAGUGUGGAACAUCAUUGGUCCGUAUGUGGAACCCAAUCAAGUCUUGCCAUUGGUGCCGUUGUCGUCCACCCAGCAUGCUUGGGCGCACACUGAUAACGAAGAAGAAGGAGAAGACGAAAACAGUGAUGCCGCAUUCCUCAUGGACUUUGAAAUUGUCAAAAUGGAAGACGUCCUAGCCGCAACCAAUCACAAUCACAAUCACAAUCACAAUCUGAGCAAUCAUCAUCCAUCCACUACCACUACCACAGGAGGAGAAGUCCAAGGCCCCAUUCCACCACCCUUUCAUCCCCAUCAUUCCGCUUCCGUGACGUAUUCGUCUCGGAUGGGACCCGACGGCAGUGUGGAAUACCGCCGCGACAUUAAUGCUCCUUGUGAAUUUGGCAUGCUCAUCUUUAGCAUCGGCCCGGCCAAGGACGAAUUGCCCUAUACCUACGAACUCUACAAUGAUGCUUACCUAUACAGUGACAACAAUGGACUUUGCAUGUUUUAUCCCAGUUACAAUGGGUAUCAAACAUCUUCGAGUCCACUGCAGAAUCCUACCGAUCCACUCCAAGUCAUAUUGAAACCAUUGGACAAGAGCAUUAUGCAUUGGAUUUCAAGUCGAGUCUUUGAUCCUCAUCGCUCCAAGAAGACUUAUGAUCGAACCAAGGUGGGAGAUUUUGCCAUUAUUGCCAAGUACAACUUUUAUGAUCCCGGUUUCUACAAGGGACUCAAGGCAUCUAUCAAUGCUUGGAAAUAG